CAGUGCCCGUCCGGUUGACGCGUCUGUCGUGUUUGGUGCGUGUGCGCGCUAUAUAGCAAAACGGCGUAACAACGUUGCAAUAUUAUUAUUGCUUGUUAUCACAAUAUACCGUGCACAGGUUGCGGCCGCGGAUCGCACGUGCGCCGCGCCGAAACAUUCUUGCCAUCGGCACGUUCGUCUGACAAACUAUUUAGUGCAGUGCGCGCGCGUGCGCUUUCGCAUCCCACGUGUCUGCACGCGGUUCGCGCGACGCGAUCACAACACUAUUGACCUUUGCCCGUCCACCGGCCCCUCCAUUUCUCACGCGCACGCGGCGCCUCCCCGGCAGCAGCAGUUCAAAGCGUUUCGAAUAUUAUACAACGCGCCAGUGACGCGCGCGCGUGGUGCGUGUACUGCGACAGUGCGAUGUGCUCGUCCGUGCCCAACGUUCGUCGAGCGGUUUCACGAUGUACGUAGUCGCGAUACCGUCGAUAUUUUCUCUAUAAAAAUAUUGUUGUUAUUAAUUUAAUAUUAUUUUUACUGUUAAUAUAUUAUUGAUUUCAUCACAAUUAUUAUUCGUAAUGCCGACCGUGUCGCCGGACAUUAUAUACCCGAACACGUUUAGCGCGCGAGUGUCCCGACCGUGUUGAAGUCGCUCAAUAAAGAACACACGGCUUUUGAGGCAGGCGUUCACGUUCUUCCACUUGCCACAACAAUAUAUUAUUUAAUAUUUUAUAAUAUUAUUUAGUAACCGGUUGUCUCUGCUUCGGAUUGGGCCUGCGGAUAAAUAUCUGCGAUGAAAGUGGGCCGAAGAUAUUUUGAACUCAUGGUUUCUGUGAUCAAUCCAUCGUCGGAUCUAUACCAUCACAGUCCUUUAGCGCCUUUAGCGUCAUUCGACUCACCUGGUUCUGGGAUCGAAUCGACCAGUACACAAUCGGAAAAGAAUUKCCCGUUCAAAGACUUCAUACUAAAUGAUAAAUGGAGACGUUUAUUUGAUAAAUACGAUCCUGAAGGUUUUGGCGAAAUUCCGUGGAAUGAUUUCUUGAUGUUAUUAAAUUCGUCGGAUUUCGUGAAAUCUAUAUCACAGGAGAAACGCGAUAUCCUCCUUGAACGAGCUCGCCAAUCAAACACGUCUGCGAUAACUUUUCAAGAUUUCGUCAACAUCGGCCGCUGCCACCCCAUCUCUUUUACGGCCCUUCAUCGCGUUUAUGGAAUUUCUAUCGAGGAUAAAUACACCGUCAUAUUGUACUUGAUUGGUAUAGGUAGUAUAUCUGAAUGUUUAAUGGUCAGAAUAGCUGAUAWAAUCGAUAUUUAUUAA